UUGUCAGCUUUCUCUUCUGCUGUCGCUUGUGUCCGCAUCCUUGCCACUCCAUCCAUCCUUCCUCUCUCUUUCUUUCUCUCUUUCUUUCCUCGGGAGUGCGCAAAGGGAAGCAGCUCUUCAGGGUUUUGUGUGUGAGAGAGUGUGUGUGCGCGCUCCUGCGUCUCGUUGCGCGUGCCCGGGGCUUUCCUCUUUCUGCUCGUUCGGUCAGGCACGAGCACUGCCAGGGCCUCUCUCGCGUGUCCGCGGUUCCUUUUUGGCUGUGGGUUUUCCCCUGGAGUUUGGAGCUGGAGCAACCUUGAGCGCGGCUUUUUCUGGAUUCCGAUCUUUGUUCAAGACCACGUUAGGUUUGGCUGCUGUUCCUAAAAAGAUGCUUCUGUGGGUCUUUCUGGUGUUGUCCAGUCCAGCUUCCUCGACCGAUCCAGAGACUGACGCAUCUGUGGAAAUUUGCAAUGUUUGCUCCUGUGUGUCGGUGGAGAAUGUACUUUACGUCAACUGUGAAAAGGUUGCAGUCUACAGACCAAAUCAGCUGAAGCCUCCGUGGUCGACUUUCUAUCACCUCAAUUUCCAGAACAACCUCCUCAUCAUCCUGUAUCCAAAUACAUUCCUGAACUUUACUCACGCUGUCUCCUUGCAGUUGGGGAACAAUAAACUGCAGAACAUUGAAGGAGGAGCUUUCUUGGGCCUCAGCGCAUUGAAACAGUUGCACUUGAACAACAACGAAUUAAAGGUCCUCCGAGCGGACACUUUCCUCGGCAUUGAGAACUUGGAGUAUCUCCAGGCUGACUACAAUUUAAUCAAAUAUAUCGAAAGGGGGGCCUUCAAUAAGCUUCACAAGCUGAAGGUCCUCAUCCUGAAUGACAAUCUCAUCGCCUUCCUUCCUGAUAAUAUUUUCCGGUUUGCGUCUCUAACCCACUUGGAUAUACGUGGGAACAGAAUACAGAAACUGCCCUAUAUCGGGGUGCUGGAGCACAUUGGGCGCAUCGUGGAGCUGCAGCUGGAGGACAACCCGUGGAACUGUACUUGUGACCUCUUGCCUUUGAAGGCAUGGCUGGAGAACAUGCCCUAUAACAUCUACAUCGGAGAAGCCAUCUGCGAAACACCCAGCGACUUGUACGGCAGGCUUUUGAAAGAGACUAACAAGCAAGAGCUGUGCUCCAUGGGGACAGGAAGUGAUUUCGAUGUCCGCAUCCUGCCUCCGUCACAGCUGGAACCAGGCUACAGCACUCCCAAUGGCCACACAACACAAACGUCCGUGCACCGAUUGGUCACCAAACCGCCCAAAACCACCAACCCUUCCAAGAUCUCGGGUAUCGUAGCAGGGAAAUCGCUCUCGAACCGCAAUCUCAGCCAAAUCGUGUCCUUUCAAACCCGAGUGCCCCCUCUGACUCCUUGUCCGCACCCCUGUGUUUGCAAAACGCACCCUUCGGAUUUGGGAUUAAGCGUCAAUUGUCAGGAAAGGAACAUCCAGUCAUUGGCUGAGCUGGUCCCUAAGCCGCUGAAUGCCAAGAAGCUGCAUGUGAACGGCAAUUACAUUAAGGAUGUGGACACUUCUGACUUUGCUGAGUUUGAAGGGCUGGAUUUACUCCAUCUGGGCAGCAACCGGAUUGUGGCGAUCAAAGGGGAGGUUUUCCGCAACCUUACAAAUUUACGGAGGUUGUACCUGAACGGCAAUCAGAUCGAGCGGCUGAGUCCGGAAAUGUUUGCUGGCCUUCACAACCUUCAGUAUCUGUAUUUGGAAUACAAUGUCAUCAAGGAGAUUUUGGCGGGCACCUUUGACCUGAUGCCCAACUUGCAGCUGCUGUACCUGAACAACAACUUGCUGAGGAGUCUGCCGGCUUACAUUUUUGCUGGGGCUCCCUUGGCUCGGCUGAACCUGAAAAACAAUCAUUUCAUGUACCUGCCGGUAAGCGGCGUCCUCGAUCACCUCAAAUCCCUGACCCAAAUUGAUCUGGAAGGCAAUCCUUGGGACUGCACUUGCGACUUGGUGGCUCUGAAGCUGUGGCUGGAGAAACUCAACGACGGCAUCGUCGUCAAGGAGGUCAAGUGUGAGACGCCGGUGCAGUUUGCAAACAUCGAACUAAAGUCUCUCAAAAAUGAGAUCUUGUGCCCCAAGCUCUUGAAGUCAGCCUUUUUUACCAGCCCUGCACCCGUGGUCACAUUCACGACACCCUUGGGCCCGAUCCGGAGUCCUCCGGGUGGCCCGGUUCCAUUGUCUAUCCUCAUCUUAAGCAUUUUAGUGGUGCUGAUUUUAACUGUCUUUGUUGCUUUUUGUCUUCUGGUGUUCGUUCUCCGUCGCAACAAGAAACCAUCCGUGAAGCACGAAGGGUUGGGCAACCCUGAGUGCAGUUCGAUGCAACUGCAGCUCCGGAAACAUGACCACAUGUCGAACAAAAAGGACACUCUCGGUGCCGAGGCUUUCAUCCCUCAAACCAUUGAGCACAUGAGCAAAAGCCACUCCUGCGGCUUAAAGGAAAUGGAAACGGGUUUCACGUUUUCCGAGCCGCCGGGGCAGAAACUCAUCCUGAGGAACAACAGCGACAAGGACAAAGAUUUAUUGCACAUGGAUCCCAGGAAAAGACUCAGCACAAUUGACGAACUCGACGAGUUAUUCCCAGGACGGGAUUCGAAUGUAUUCAUCCAGAAUUUUCUGGAAAGUAAAAAGGAAUACAACAGUAUAGGGGUCAGCGGCUUUGAGAUCCGCUACCCAGAGAAACAGCAAGACAGGAAAAACAAGAAAUCUUUAAUAGGGGGGAAUCAUAGCAAAAUCGUAGUUGAACAAAGAAAGAGUGAGUAUUUUGAAUUGAAAGCUAAACUUCAGGGCACGCCGGACUACUUACAAGUUCUCGAGGAGCAAACGGCUUUGAAUAAGAUCUAGGUCAUGCAAUCUUAUUUCCUACAGAGGACAUUUAUUUAAUGAUGCAAGUGCCUUUUGUUGACAUUUCCUUUCCAAAUAUGAUAUUCUACCAGUGGGCCUAGAGGCAGGGGAAUCGAGGGUGUGUGAUCAAACUCUGGUUCGAAAUAGGUGCGGUUUCACAACUUUUGCCCAGUGGAAAUCUAUGGGAAUCCUGCGAGACUAUGGCCAAAAAAAGUGUUGCUUUAUACACAUAUUUCACUGAAUUUAACCUCAAGAGGCAUAUAUGUUUUGUACCCUAUCGGCAAAACUUGACGUUCCUUGUGAUUUGUUUAAGCAAAUGCGCAAGGUGAAAUGGGGGUAAAAAAAAUGAAACAGGGAGAAAAAAAAGGAACUGAUCCGUCUGGGCUGGUGUAUCUCAGCUGGUCAUCCAUCGGCUUUUGGAUUAAAUGUGGCGGUCGAACUGGAGUUAGUCAAUCCCCAUGGUGUGUAGUGUUGUAAGCAGCACUGUUUUAGAGCUUACCCAAAACCACGUUUUUACAAAAAGCAAAACAAAAAAAAGCAUGCAAAAAGAAAGAACAUUCGAUAGUACGUGUAAAAUUGGUUACCUUUAUGGCCUGCAUCUUGAAACCCGCUGGAUUUAUAAUGUUCAAUUGUGCAGAAAUCUUUGUUUUCCAAAAAAAUGCCAUGCAUUUGCAUCCCUAGGAAUCAAUUUGACCGUCUUGACACAUACCAUGAAUCGGCAUUACGAUGGAACCAAUCCGCUAACCAACCCACGACAACGAGAAGCAAAUACAAUUUUCUUUUUUGGAAAAUGGCAGCAUUCAACGUGAUGAGAAAAGAAAAAUAUACAUAUAUAUUUCACUGUAAGACUAAUUUAUGGCUUCUUUACCCCUGUUCGAAUCCAUUUCUCAGUGACGUGAACCUUCUCUCAACCCCCCAAAGGUUGUCUAAAAUUUUAAGAAAAAAGAAUUUGCUUGCUGUGUGAGCGUUCCAGAAAUUAUUUUUGUAAGAUAAUUCAUAUUUAUGAAAUACUUUGUAUACUAAAUAGGGGAAAAAAUUAUGUACUCCUCAAUAUGUAUUUAAAUAUGCCUGAUUUGUUUUUUUCCUGGUCACAAAGGUGCAUUAAUCAUUCAGUAUAAUUUAAAAACAAAAACCAGAAGAAGGCGAAAGAACAAUAUACCAAACAGAAACUGUUGAUGAAAUGUAUAGAUUUAUUAUCCAAGAGUCAAUGUGAUCAGGUCUCAGAAUAAUAAUAAUGAUAAUAAAAUUAUGUUCUGUACUA